AUGGCCGCACCUCCUGCUACUGAAACUGACAUGAAAACAUUCCGAGAUUUCCUUAUGCAAUACAACAAUGUGACCGAGCAAUGCUUUGCAGCGUGUGUCAAUGACAUGACAACGAGGAAUAUCAGUGAAAAAGAAGAGAAGUGCACUAUGAACUGUCUCGAUAAGUUUCUCAAAAUGACGCAGCGCGUCUCGCUACGGUUCCAAGAGCAUCAGCUUCUUAAUGCGGAGGUUCAAGGCGGCGCUCUCGCUAAUAUUUGA